UCAACGAAAGUUUAUCUAAAAAAUAAAGAUAUUGAAAUAAAGAAAGAAAAUGGCCCUUUUCCGCGCGAGCGAGCCAUAUCACUUGUGUUGAAAAACAGAACAAAUCCUAUAUAGUUCCGUUGAGCCGCUCGUAUCGACUGGUUGUGCGAUGGCGUCAGGGAUAAAAACGCUCAUUUGUUUCGUGGCCGUCACCCUCCUGCGCCCCGGCUCCUGCCGAGACGAAGAUAGGAUCAUGAAAGCAUGCUUUUGGCCUAAUGAGGUAUAUGAGCCUUGCUUCGGCGGCUGCGCGGAGGUGUCGUGCGACAACCCGCGUAACCACCUGCGGCCGUGCUACCCGUACUGCGAGCCCGGCUGCGUGUGCCAGGAGCCCUACGUGCGCGACGACCGCACGCACCAGUGCGUGCUACCGCAGGACUGCUCUCCGACUCAAAUGGGCAUCCCGGUACCAACGAGACGUUCUGAAAAGUACUACACAAACAACAACUACAAUAUAAAACGACACUAUGCGAAAAAAGAAGAAGAGAUUCCAGAAGUAAGGGAAAACGAAGCAGUAUCGAUUAGUCAGUCAAAUCCACAUACGAAUAAGUUCUCAUCAGAUGUUUCGAGGAUGGGGAACUACUUCAAUAUAGUGAUAGCCCCUCCGCCUAUAAGGGCGCUGCAGCCUAGGAAGCUAUUGCAGAGCGAAGCUCACAGAGCGCCUAAACGAAUGUUAUAGUUAUUGGGAAUUCGAGAACAAUUAUUUACCCACCAAUUGUAGGUACUGUUUAUGAAAUAUCUGCGACUAGUGGGACUUACGGGACGCCCUUGAUUUAAGAGUCAACGUAGUCCUCAUUUUCCUCUCUGGAUAUUGACUUUAUGGAAAAUAUUUUUACAAAUUUGAUGUAUAUUAACCAUAGCCCCUACGUUUGAUUUUAUUAGAUGUUUUGAUUUGAUUUGAUUGUAAAAAUUAGGAACGAAAAACAGAUUUAAUACAAUUUUUUAAUUCUCCUAUUUAUUAUAAUAAAAAAAUCGAAAAAGUCAUAGCUGUGAUUGAUGCACAAGUCUUAGUUUUAGAGUAAUUUAGAGGACUAUUUACUUUUGUAUGAAAAGGCAAUUUCACCCGGGUCCUCUACUUUCGUCUUAAGAUCUGUUUUAUUAUUCUACAUGCAUGUAUUUUCGUAAUUUUAUGAAAGUGAAAUAAAUAUUACCUCUACCUACAACGUUCUCCGGCAAAUCUGAUAGCACGACAAGAAAUACAGAAAUACGUAUUAUCAAUUUAUCAAUGUUGUAUAAUAUAAAUAGACUUGUCAAAAGUUUUAACGGAGCCAAUUAUAAAUCGUUUUAACAGAGGAUAAUUAUUUUACAGGAUAUUUUUAGACGAAUAUUAAACAUAGAUCUAACUUGUUAAGUGUUUAAUAAGUUAAAUAAAAGGUUUUUGUUAAUAUG